CGUUAAUCUAUCAAAUCAGUCAUAGAUUCCGGAAAGCUCUCGGUUUAUCUUUGUACUGAGUGACUUCGUUGAAUUUUCUGAUUUUCCAGAUUGCCCCGUAAUAUUUACGGAUCUUUUGAAUUCGCUUAAUAUCAAUAAGUCGUCGGCGUUUUCGGAAAAUCCGCCAACGGGCCCGUGAAAUCAUUUUACAAUGGCUACUCCGUCAACUGGUGUUGUUGUUCCUAGAAAUUUCCGGUUGCUCGAAGAGCUAGAGGCCGGCCAAAAGGGCGUUUCUGAUGGUACCAUCAGCUGGGGUUUAGAAAACGACGAUGAUAUGACUCUAACGCAUUGGAUGGGCAUGAUAAUCGGCCCCCCUCGUACACCCUAUGAGAAUAGAAUGUACUCUGUUAAAAUAGAAUGUGGCCAAAAGUACCCUGAUGAUGCCCCAACAGCUAAAUUCAUUUCUAGAAUUAAUAUUAAUUGUAUCAACAGUAACACCGGAGUGGUCGAUAACAGGCAAGUACCGGUCUUGGCUAGGUGGCAGAGAGACUACACAAUCAAAUCGGUCCUCCAAGAACUGCGAAGAUUAAUGACAUUGAAAGAGAAUAUGAAGUUAACGCAGCCUCCGGAAGGCAGUUGCUUCUAGCCUAAGAAGAACCAGCAAAACAUCCCCACAAUCUUUUGUUGUAACUUUAAUUACUCUAAAUGUCGAUAUUUUUUACAACCGAAACAAACAUUUUGUUCGCAUCCCUUCUUAAAACAAACAAUGCUAUUGAUAAGUUGCAGCGGAGAUCGUUAGGUGUACAGCUUUAUAAGCUAAGGUAUAUUUAGUUAUACUUAUUAGAGUAAUUGUAAGUUUAUAAUCAUAAUCCAUAGACACUGAGCAUCCCAAUUUGUAGCGGCUUGAAUUGAUUUUUAAAACGAACUUGCGGAAUUCAUUUUGCCCGCUUUAAAUAAUUUUGGGAUUUUUUUAAUUAUACAUGUAAUUCGUUGCUUAAAAAAAUAGAUUAGCUAAUUCGAGCUGUACCGCUUAUUUAACUACACAUUUGUACUUUAUCGAUAUGUUGCUGCUACCUUCGCAGGAUUGCAAUUCUAUCUUUGUUGAUAUAUUUCUAAUUAUACAUUAAUACGAGUUUACUUACAUUAAUGCUAAACAAUGAUUAGAAUGAUCUAUCUGAUUUGUAACUCACAAUUUUUUUUAUCGUUUUAUCCUACAGUGACAUUUUUUUUUGUAAGAGUCCUUUCUGAUCCUUUUAAUUUUAAUAUCUAAUGUCCUCGAAUGAAAAGUUAUGAAUUUGGUUUUUCG